AUGGCUUUAACACUCUACCAAAAAUUUGUCAUUGCUACUUUGUUAAUUUUGGGGCUGUGGGCUUCUCAAGCAGUGUCGCGUACACUCUAUGAAGCAUCCAUGCUAGAGAAGCACGAGCAAUGGAUGGCUCUCUAUGGACGUGUGUACAAGGACAAUGCAGAGAAGGAAAGGCGUUUCAAGAUAUUCAAGGACAACGUGGAGUUCAUAGAAUCCUUCAACAAUGCCGGGAACAGACCUUACAAGCUGGGCAUCAAUCAGUUUGCUGACCAAACUAAGGAAGAAUUCCAGGCAUCUCGUAAUGGUUUCAAGAUCAAUUCUUCAAAUUUAAGGCCAUCUAAAGCAACUUCGUUUAGGUAUGAAAAUGUGACCGCAGUCCCAUCUAGCAUGGACUGGAGGAAAAAAGGGGCUGUCACACCCGUUAAGGAUCAAGGUCAAUGUGGAAGUUGCUGGGCAUUUUCAGCAAUAGCUGCUACAGAAGGGAUUAAUCAGCUCACAACCACUAAGUUGAUCUCAUUGUCGGAGCAAGAACUGGUGGACUGUGACAAAGGUGUGGAUCAAGGCUGCGAAGGUGGUUACAUGGAAGAUGCCUUCGAAUUCAUUAUAAAAAACAAAGGCAUUUCCACUGAAGCAACAUACCCAUACGAUGGAACAGAUGGGACUUGCAAGACUGAGGAGGAGACCCCUGCAGCGAAGAUCACAGGCUACGAAAAGGUGCCUGCCAACAGUGAGGCGGCACUGCUGAAGGCUGUGGCGAAUCAACCAAUUUCGGUUUCCAUUGAUGCUAGUGGAGCAGCCUUUCAGUUUUACUCUUCCGGGGUUUUCACCGGAGAUUGUGGUACUGAAUUAGACCAUGGUGUUACUGCAGUUGGGUAUGGGACAACUGCUGACGGGACCAAGUAUUGGUUAGUCAAGAAUUCAUGGGGCACUAUGUGGGGUGAUAAGGGAUACAUUAUGAUGGAAAGAGACAUUGCUGCUAAGGAAGGCAUUUGUGGCAUUGCCAUGGAUUCUUCAUAUCCUACUGUAGUAAAAUGCUAA